AUGAUUGCGGGUGGUUCAGCCAUCGGAGGCAUCUUCGCCGGGUUGAUAGGUCACUACAACACGGACUGGAGAUGGGUCUUCUGGAUGGACACCAUUCUUACUGGAGUCUGUCUGCUCCUUACAGUCGUCUUCCAGGCCGAAACAAAUUUCAGCCGACCCCUUGCAAGCGAGGUUGGCGAGGGCAUGGAAGCGUCGCAGUUUGCUGAGCUCAGAUCUCAACUUCGAGGUAGUUGGACUAAAGGUCUGGGCACAACCGGUUGGUACGAUAGGGAUACAUCUAUCUGGCAUUUGUGGUUGCGACCACUUCUCUUGCUCCAGUUUCCGGCUGUCGUCUGGGGUUCCAUUACCUACGGAAUCACCCUGGGCUGGGUCGUUCUCCAGCAAACGGCGAACGCCACCGCCUUCCCCGAGGUCUACGGUUUUACUGAGUUUGGAGUGGGAAACCUCAAUAUUUCGUAUCUGAUCGGUGCCAUCCUUGGCUGUGCUUUCGGCGGUCCGGCCAGUGACUGGGUCGUCCACUGGAUCACCAAGCGCCGGAAAGGCUAUUUCGAACCCGAGUUCCGCCUCUGGUUGAUUAUCCCAUCGGCCAUCCUUGGCCCCGUUGGUCUUCUGAUGUGGGGCUGCGGCCUUGGAAAUCAUCUGGAUCCCUAUAUCGCCAUCGUCGGCUCGGGCAUCACGUACGGUGUCCUGUGUGCGGUUCCGGCAGUAGGCAUGACAUACGUCGUCGACUGUUACAAGCCUUUGAGCGGAGAAUCAAUCACUGUUUUGACUGCAUUUAAGAACACAUUCGCUUUUGCCGUCAGCUUCGCCGUGAACCCUUGGCUCACACGCGAUGGGUAUGCAAAGGUCUCGGGGUAUAUGGUGUUGAUCGAGGGCUUGCUUUUCCUGACCACGAUUCCCAUGUACAUUUACGGCGCGAGAGCCAGGAGAUGGACUGCCAAGCUGGUCACUUAG